AUGAAGCGCAUAGACAACUACAGCGACAAACUAUACCUUAUCAUCUUCGAUGCACCGAUGUACAUGCCACAUGGGUCUGUGGCCUUUACCACUGGCGGACUGUACUACCUGCUAGGGGUUAUAUUUUUCGGACAGUGCAUACGGAUCAGGCGCUACCAGUACAUAGUCGUAUCGCUGAUAUCCCUUAUCUCAGGCAGCGCAUUUGUUGCCCGUGGAAUAUACUCUGACGACCACGUGCUGGACUCGAGGGCGUACGUUGCAUCGAUGGUGCUGAAUGAGCUGGGUCCAUGCUUUGUGAUCAUCCCAAACACGCUACUGCUGAUUCGCUUGCUGAAAAGCACAGUGCUUGCCCCAUGCAAAGGCACAGCAGUAAACAGGGCUAAAUUUGUUGCCAUUGCAGCAUGUGCGCUAUUUUCGGCGCUGGCAGUACUGGAGCACAGACUAGUACGAACCGCCGUUGUGAGCCAGGCAGUCACAACGUCACUGUUCAUCGCUGUCACUGGCUGGCUUGUUGCCAAGCACCGUGAAAUGAGGCGCCGCAAGGAUUGGAUCGCAGUUAUUUUAGCAGGCGCAGCUAUAAUUCUUGUGCGCUUCAUCUUGCGCGCGGUCCAGGUGCUCUCCUUGACAUUCAAAGCGCACCGCCGCCAUGAGUCAGGCUGGUACGGUCUCGAUUCAGGUCUUAUGUUCCUCGUAGUUUUCAUGUGGAUUGCGGUGGACAUCUCGGCCAGAUUCAACACGCCACACCGCAUCCUGAUCUGCAAUACCUAA